AUGGACGAGCAGCGGCCACUGCCUCCGCUGGAGGAUUAUUAUACCCAGGUGUCAAGAGACGCAUUGCGGACCGACGAAAGACUUGGCGGAGUUGCAACUGCAGCAGAAGGCUUCGCAUCGGUUGCAGCCCCUGUCCGUCAGCAGCCAGAGGACACUAGUGCCACUGAGCCCGUCGAGAAUCACCCAAACUUCGAUCUGAUAGACGGAAAUAGCGCAGGGUGGACCGAGCAUGUGCGGAGUGCGUUCGUCGGAAAAUCAAGCGGAAGUACUUGCGUUCCUCGGUCAGAUCGACAGAGCGUGAACCAUCGUACUAUGAUGUCUACCGAACCACGCACAGAGAAGUCGCCAGUCAGCAGGGGAUACCGAUGGAGCGUGUUCGAUAUGGGCCGCGCUUCAGAUGUCGCCGUCCCAAGAAACAGUGCUGCUGAACGUGGCUCACCCACUACGUGUGCUGCAUACGAUGGGAACAGCACUCUUCCAUACCAAAUUGGCGACAAUGCAGGCUGGGGGCCCCCAUCUGGCGCAAUCGCACUCGCGAACUCAUAUAUGCUCGCAGACAACUCGACUAGGGAUCCUACGGCGGAUCCAUGGUACCUGACGCAGUGGGCUAUGGAACCAUGCUCGUCGGAGGCAUUACCCGCAUCUUUCUGGACCGACGGUUUCUCACAUCCGUCUAUUCCUGCACCGCAGGCGGCAGGGUGGUCCUUUGGAGGCGAGGCCGAACAGCCUCAGGUCUACCAUCCAAGUCCCUCCUUUGAUCCGCCGGAGCCUAUUCCCUCGUCUGAUGCACUCGGGAUACCUUCUAUCCUAGAAACUGCGCCACCGAACUUCCCAAGAUUUCCUCGCUUGCAGCAUGUUGAGGACGGCAGCUUGGCGCUCCCAGCUGAGUCUCCAAUGCUAUUGCCUCCCUGGGAUCCAUUGGCGCCUGUUUCCGCAGCACUGCCUAUGACGAACUUCCACCGCCGCAGCUUGCACCAGGAACCAUCUGCGCCCGUCCAUGUGCGGAAUUUCGACUCGUUCGAUAACGUCGGUGUUCAAUAG